AUGCCAUUCGCUUUACCUCAUGAUUUCGAAGAAACAACCUUUUCAAAACCAACCUAUUGUGACAAUUGCAAUAAACUGCUUUGGGGGUUGAUUAAGCAAGGUGUUUGUUGUCGAGGUAAUUAUCAAUUCAAAAGAAAACAAAGCGAUCAGAUUUUUUUCAACGAAAAAUCAAUUUACCUUGAAACUGGUUGUCAAGAACUAUCAAGCAAGUAUUGUAGAAAAUCCGAAACGCCGUUUCAUAGUAAUUCCGAUUCUCUUGCUGCGAGCCGUACGAUACCCAGUAAAAAAGUAAAAAGAGUUUCCGAGUCCAUAAAAUCCGAACCAAUUAUUCAUCAAAAUGAACCUAUACCAAUUCAACGAACAAGAUCCAAUAAUUUAGCAUCCGAAUCACUCCCAGAAAUCAACGUUGCUUUUGAUAAGAAUCAAAAGGAAGAAAAUUCUUCUCAAGAACAGGAACAUAAUUUAUCCGGAAAGAUAUUAAGACGUUCCAAUUCCGCGGAUUCAAUCGCAAAUUUCUCUUCCAAUUCCCCUAGUAAAUCAAAAGUUCAUAAACCUUUACAGUCUUAUGCGACACUUGCAAAUCUUAAUUCAUCAUCCAAAUCAACACAAUUCGCUGCUCCAAGGGCCGCAAAACCCAUAUCACCAACUAAAUCGUCAUUUGAUACAAAAGUAAUUCAGGAUUUAAUUGUGUCUUCCAUGAUUAAUAUUUCUAAUUCUUCUAAAUCACAACCUGAUUCAGCUCAUCCACCAUUGAAUUUGAAUACGACAACGAAUAAUUUUCGAAAAUUUGUACAGAAAUGUGGUUUUAUUUUUGAACUUCAAAAUGCUGUUGAAGACUUAAUUAUAUAUCCUGAUGGACCAAAUAUGGACGAGAUUGGAAAAGAUGGUGGAAAUAAGGGAUUCUGUAAUUCAAAGCACACCGAUCCCUACCUUCCUCCAGAAAAUUCCGUAGAUUAUUUGAAGAAUAUGCAAAAUAUACAAAACCUUAUGGGAAUGAUUUCGGAUGGGUAUGACGCGUUUGUUCCUUUACUUAAACAUGUGGAUUGGAGUAAUGGAUAUGAGACGUUGAAAAUCACACAGUUUGUUAUUGUAGUUUUAACAUUUCUCAGUCUGUCGGUAUGGAUUGUUCCAUGGCGAUAUAUUUUUAUCGUUGUGGGAUUAAGCACUUUUAUCGCCAAUACACAAUUUGUGAAAGCAUUAAUUAGAGAGUUAAGUCCGAUUUUAAUACAACGUGAAAAGGUUCUUGCUGAACGGUGGACAAAAUUUUUAAACUCUUCGGAAAAUGAAGUUAAUCAGGAAGACUCGAAUGGCGUUGGGUUUAAAAAAGAACAAUGA